AGCCGGAAGUGGACGCCAGGCGCGCCCUGCGGGAGGGAUGGAGGCGGCGGUGGCGGGUGAGUGUGCGGGCGCCGCGGGGAGCGGGAAGAGACCGGCCCGCCGCUGUUGGUCGCGACCCUGGGUGUUUAGCGAGUCGUCUUAUUUGCCAUGUAAGGGUUACGGAGACGCACGUGUACUUAUGAGUGUGACGUCCUCAAGUCACAAGUUUCCAUAGCCUGGAAACCUGGCUGGCGUCCGGCACAUCAUCCUCGUCCUCUCGGGAAAGGGGGGAGUCGGGAAAAGCACCAUCUCCACGGAGCUGGCCCUGGCCCUGCGUCACGCAGGCAAGAAGGUGGGGAUCCUCGAUGUGGACCUGUGUGGCCCCAGCAUCCCCCGCAUGCUGCAGGCCCAGGGCAGGGCCGUGCACCAGUGUGACGGCGGCUGGGUGCCCGUCUUCGUGGACCAGGAGCAGACCGUCUCCCUCAUGUCCGUGGGCUUCCUGCUGGAGAAGCCGGACGAAGCCGUGGUGUGGAGAGGCCCCAAGAAGAACGCUCUGAUAAAGCAGUUUGUGGCUGACGUGGCCUGGGGACAGCUGGACUACCUGGUUGUGGACACGCCCCCGGGAACCUCGGACGAGCACAUGGCCGCCGUGGAAGCCCUCCGGCCCCACAGCCCGCUGGGGGCCAUCGUGGUCACCACGCCGCAGGCGGUGUCUGUGGGGGACGUGCGGCGGGAGCUGACCUUCUGUAAGAAGACGGGGCUGCGCGUGAUCGGCGUCGUGGAGAACAUGAGCGGCUUCGUCUGCCCGCACUGCGCCGAGUGCACCAACGUCUUCUCCCGGGGAGGCGGCGAGGAGCUGGCCAGGCACGCCGGAGUGCCCUUCCUAGGCUCUGUGCCCCUGGACCCCAAGCUCACGAGGAGCCUGGAGGAGGGCCGAGACUUCAUCCAAGAGUUUCCCCACAGCCCUGCCUUUCACGCCCUCUCCGCCAUAGCCCAGAAGGUCUUGGAGACACCUGCUCAGCUCUCCUGACCAAGGCAUCUCCUGGCGCCACGGAUGCAGCUCAGAGACUCAGCAGAGUUCCUGGGACCUGCAGGGCUGGCCUGGGGGCUGUCACUGUGGCCCUCCCCCUGCCCGGGCCCUUGGGAGACGUUUUGUGCUUCAGCAGCAGCUGGGCACCGAG